AUGAAACACAGAUUUCGUAGCCGUUCUUUCCUGGACUUGGCCAAAUUAUCUGCUCUUUCGGGUCUGGUUCUCUUGAUCUUGUACAAGUUCUUGUAUAACCCUCGAAGCAAAGACUCGAUCGAUGUUUCGAAGCGGAUGGAUAUGAAGCAGCCGAACACAAAUGUCGAGCCUUUGCAUCAUCCGACCGACCUCAGUCACGUUAAGUUUGUUCUCGUCGGCUGCACUGAAACAUGGCCGACGAGAAGACCCUACACCGAAUCCUGGUGGAGGCCGAACAAAACAAGGGGGGACAUCUUCAUGGACUCACGUCCGCCUAAACAGUUCCUCCCUUGGCCCAAAACUUCUCCACCUUAUAAGAUCAAUUCGGAUGCCACGAAGCUGCCGGUGUACCGGAAGCUCGCAAAUCCGAUCGAGGCCCGGAUUUUUCGAUCCGUUCUCGACUCAUUUAACCUUGGGGAUAACCAGGGGGUGAGGUGGUUCGUGAUGGCCGACGAUGACACUGUCUUUUUUCUAGAGAAUUUAAUUGAGACGUUGGCGAAAUAUGAUCAUACCAAGCAUUAUUAUAUAGGGAUGUAUUCAGAGUCGGUCAUAUCGAACUUCCUUUUCGCAUACGACAUGGCGUACGGUGGUGCCGGAUAUGCUCUGAGCUAUUCACUGGUGCAACAACUUGCCCCAUUGAUGAAUGAUUGCCUGGAAAGAUACCCGUUCAGCCAUACCAGUGACCAUUUGACAUCCUCUUGUUUAUUUGACUUGGGGAUUUCUCUUACUAUUGAACGUGGUGUUCAUCAGAUUGAUCUUCUGGGUGACAUAUCGGGCAUGUUGUCAGCUCAUCCGCCGACACCAAUCAUCACGCUUCACCAUUUCGGCAACAUAGACCCAAUCUUCCCCAACAAGAACCGAACCAACGCGGUCAAACACCUGAUGCAAGCAGCCAGAGUCGAUCAAUCACGGCUAGCACAGCAAACAAUAUGCUACGACAGGCGCAACAACUGGUCCAUCUCCAUCUCCUGGGGUUACUCGGCUCACAUAUACGAGAGCAUCAUUCCUCGGAGCAUUCUGAAGAAACCCCUCGAGACAUUCAAGCCCUGGAAAAAGGGAGAUUGA